AAAUGCCUCUAUGUCUAUAUUAAAGACCAGAGCUUUCAGGGCCAAUGUAUCUCCUGGACCCUCCCCUAAACAGUUGAAAAGAAGAUGAUUGUUCUGAUGUAGAGAAUGGGUAUAAGAAAAAACAAAGGAAACUUCAAAUUUCUACAUGGUAUACCAACUGCAAUUUCGUAUUUUAGUUGAAAUAGUAUAUACUAGUAGUUCCUCCUUCAUGCACCCAAAAAUUAUUCAAGGCUUCGCUGAAAGGCCAUUUUAUCCUGCGCCCAUAUCAUAAAUUUAAUUAAGAUAAUAGCCAGAGCGUUUAUGGACUAGGUAUUUCUUCUGCUUCAGUCUCCCCCACUCCCUUCCUCCCACCCUGACCCCUAGGAGAAACAAUGAGCAUUUAACUAGUCUUUUGAAGAAUUUUUUGCAGACUUGCUGUGCAUGCAUAAAAUCUGUACAGGCGUACAUGUUAAAGGAAAAUAGGAUAUUGGAAUCCAGCAACAUGCUUUUAAGCCUAGUUUAUGAUGAAUUUUAAGCAGGAUGUUUUAUUACUACAUUUGUUUGCUACUUCGUUUAACCUGUUUAGCAUGGUUUUAUUUUCAUUGACUUAAACUUGGUUAAUUAUUCAAAUCACAUGCUUGAUGUGGGCCUGUCAUAAUAGAAGCCAUCUUAAGAAGGAUGUGGACAGCACAGGUGUGGUCAGGAGUGGGUGAGAAUAGUAAACAAAGUUGACCUCUUUUUGAAACUAGGUUAGUGAAUCUAUUAUAAUAAAUGUAAAACCAAAUCACAGACAACACCUUUUCAUUUCACACUUGACCUACAUCUAUGAAGAUUUCCUAGGUCUACAUAUUAUUCACGAUUAGAGAGUUUCCUUUUCUCAGCAUGUGGUCAUUGGUGCGUAGCAUACAUCAGAAUAGUAUAGAUCUCUGUAAUUCUGAAAUGUAUUGACAGAGUGAGGUACACCCACAUGGCAAAUAAACUUUAUCAACCAAUGACUUGAAAUAAUGCUGCAAAAUGAGUAUUUCUUUGUUGAUCUAAUAUGUUGUGUAACAAUUUAAAUUAUUUGAGAUCACAACUAAAUAUAACUAUGCCUAAGAAAAGAUCUUAGGUCAUGUGUACAUUUACAGCAUCCAAAUAUCAAGUGAACAGUGAGAAUGUACCCCACACAGGUCACAACAAUAGUGAAGAUGUUGGGCUACACCACACAAGUGAACAUUGAGAGUGGGUCUUGGAAAGAUGUACCUGAUACUCUGAGGGGCAGGCCUGUCAGCUGUUGGAACAAAAUUAACUUAUUCAGGUGGGGCUAUGGAUGGGAUGGGAACUUUGCAAAUUCCCCACGAUACUCCUAUGGGGUCUACAUUUGAUCCAGUGGGAGGCCUUCUGUACGAGCAAACAAAACAUGGAUCAGACGUAUGUGAUGUUUCCCUGCUUUAUGGUGGCCAGGAACAACGGGUACACAAGUGUGUGUUGAUGACUUCACAUUAUUUCCAUGCUCUUUAUGAAUCAGGCCUGCUGGAAAAAGAUGAAGGUAAGGUGACCAUCAAUGUGGGCUCACCUGCAGCCAUCCAAGCAGCCAUAAAGUUCCUAUACCUGAGGCAUGUGGAUGUGAGCCUGGAGAAUGUGGAGGGGCUCAUGGAGGUGGCGGACUACCUGCAAAUUUCACAGAUGAAAGAGCAGUGCACCGAGUUCUUAGCCAGGUUGUCUGUGGGGCCAGAAAAUUGUGUGACACUGUGUCUGAUAGGAGGUCAGUAUAACUAUGAGAAGCUGUACCAGGUGGGCUACGACUACUUGAUUGCCCAUUUACCAGAUGUCCUGCAGCAUGACCAGAUGCUGUGCCUGGGUGUGGACUCUGUGUUGGACAUACUGAGGGACCACACACUUCUGUAUGUGCCCGCGGAUGCCCUCUUCUCCUUCCUCACCCAUUGGGUGGAACAUGACCUGGACCAGAGACUGCCUCAUUUGCCAGAGCUGUUUGACAGCCUGGACCUGGAGAGAUUCACUGAGGAAGGCUACCACAAGCUUGUCAGUUGCCAUGUGCUCAUUAACAUGUUCCCUCAGUGUCGGGACAAGGUGUUCAAGUUCAGCACAAAGCUGCAGGCUGGAAAUGCCAGGCUAAAUGGGAAUGAGAAGCUGGUGUUUCUAAUGGCAGGUCAUGAAGCAGAGCCACACCUGCUACUAACUGAUCGUGGACGGAACGUGGAGGCUGUUGGCACCAGGAGACUGUUGGGUUUCCUGCCCUGGGAAAAGCGCUGGCUAGAAUUACCUCCCCUCCCCAUCAAAGCCAGCAGUCUUGCCUUACUGACUGGUCUACCCAAAAGCAUCUAUGCUACUGAGUCAAGGCCUUUGAAAAACACUGAGAACAUGCAACAGCUAUACAAGUAUGAUAUCACACACAAAAGUUGGCUUGAUGUACGUGCUCUGAUACCAUACUAUGAAAAGGGCAAAGGGUUUCAGGUGCUAUCCCUGCAGCAGUGUGGUGGCAGGAUCUAUGCUAUAGCCAGGUCCACAUCCAGUCUCUCCAAAGGUCAUGCCCUCAACCUGUAUUUAUUGGAGGAAGGAACCCUUCCGGAAAUGGUCUGGCUGAAGGAGCUGGUGCCAUUUGGCAUUCAUGUACACCCGUCCAAGAUAAAGGUGGUUAUUGUUGAUGAUCGAUACAUCUGUACAGCCAUAGACAAAUCUGAGCAAGGUGACCAGGAAAUGAUGCUUUUGGUUUAUGACUUUGAGACUGGUGAAGUGGAAAACUGCUCCAGAGGUUCUCUUUCACUUUUGAUGAUGUUUGCCAGAGAAGGAGAAAUUGUGUUGGCUGAGCCAGGGGUGGGUUAUGCCAAAAUUUUAACCCUGGGUUCUAAAGCGUGGAGAACAGAUUGUCACCUUGGAAUUCCAGACCUGCCUGAAUCUGUGGAUCGUUCUGGGUACAGUUACUUUUAUGAGGAUGACAAACUGUUCCUGUUUGGAGGAAGUGUAACUGACAGAAAGACCUACAUGAAAUCCACACUGAUGUAUGACUUCAAUGGGCAAAACUGGGAAAGUUUAGGCUUGUCACCCAGUAGAGUGAUAAACACAAGCUCAACUGUCGUCAAGGUUGGCACCGAAGCUGUAAGCUGCCACAUAAACUGCCCUCACUGCCGGUUCACAGGGCUUAAACGGAUGGCAGAGUAUGAGAUUCUUCCCUCACCUGUGUCCAGUGUCACACAACAUGAUGAGCUAGUGGAAGACGGCUGGGAGUCUGAGCUGGAGGACUACGGUGAUGAGGGCAUGAAUGAAGGUGAAGACAGGCUUAACACUGUCCAGGUCCAAGUCCAGAAUGAACAACUAGGUUGAGCUUUGUUAAGGAGCAUUUUAAAGUGAUUCUUCUGUAGGUACAAGUUCAUGUCCUAUCUUGAGUCUUGGAUGCAGUAUGUUGCUGAUAAACCAUAUUUGUUGAGCUCCAGGAAACGGGUCCUAUUCCUCACACCCAUGCCUACUAUUGGUCAAAUGACCUUCAGUUCUUACCUUGAGUUCUUGUGGCAGAUCUCCUUCUGAAUGCCCAUCUGUGAAAGCACAUUUAGAUUUCUGGAUGUUUCCUGCAUAAAACAAGUUAAAGUCCUUGUACAAUCUUCCUUACAUGAUUGAGAAAGAUGCGAUGAUGAGUGGAUGUUUUGUCUCUUCAAACAGAUGGAGAGUGGACUCCUCACAGCACUGGUAAAUGAACGGUCCAGGUAUUGGGCAUUUCAGUACGGAAACAUACACUGUUUGGAAAAGUUUUUUUAUCUUCUUUGGUGACAAGUCAGUCUGUAUGUGUACUUUAUUGUAUUUAUAAUGUUCAUUGCAUUUUCUUGUAUUAUUUAUUUGGCAUAUUAUUUACAACUUUAAAGAUCUUUUAAUAUAUUUACCUUUUUUUUUCAUUUUUGAUUUCAUCUGCUGAAAAGUGCUUUAUUUGUCAUUGAAGACAAGGUUUUGAAAAAGAUGCAGAUUUUUAUGUUUUAAUAUUUAUUUGGCUACAAGCAGAUGCUGGUGUGUUCUUAAAGAAUUUAUGACUAGUUGUUGUUUAUAUUACUUUUUGGUGAAUCCAUUGCUAAUAAGUGAGUGAUUUUAAUCGAUGAUUGUAUUCAAGGUCAAGAUAAGUUCUUAACAAGUGUAUAAAAGAUUUUGAAAUAAAAUUUCGGUCAUUCAUUGUAGGAUUCAUGAUGUUUGUUUUGUAGUUUGUACUUAGUGUUUGGCAGUGAGUAGCCUGCACAUAACCUGCAUGUGCCAUUUAUUUCUUCAAAAUUUUUUACCAUUUUCAGCACAGUUUCCCUUUGAUGUCAGUUUGCUAAGCUUUCACAAGAGGCGGGUGUCGGGUUUGAGAAACCAGUAGAGAGAAGCAUGAUAGCACAGUGUUUGUGUUGCACAAGAGCGGUUGAUUGAUCAUAAUGGGUAAUAAAAGGUAUGAACAGAGAGAGAAUACCCGUAACAAUUCAGACAUCUCCCUCUUAUAAAAGAUAUUCAUAUAUCAACAUCAGUGUUUGACAUCACAGUUCAAAAAUAUGAUCCUUUUCUGUGGUGUAUAUACAUACAGUUGCUGUACUGCUGGAUAACACGUGGCACACUUCUCUGUGUUAACAUAAUACUGACACGCUCUGCAUGUAAUGUGGACAAUAAAUU